AUGGAUAGAAAGUCUGCUAGAAUAAAAGCAGAGUUACAAAGAUAUGGUUGGAGAGUUUCGAAGAAUUUUAAAUAUAGGAAGGGAAGACCCAUAAAAGUCUAUGACAAAUUGUCUGGUCUUCGCUACGAAAUGGACUUGGAAACAGCACGCGCAAAUUAUCCAAACAGACUAGAGAGGUUAGAAGAAGAACGUCUUAUGGACAUGCCUUUCGAUGUUAGUGAACCUCAAGUUGAAGGACACGACGGCUUUGCCAGAUUCUACUGGAAACAUGACGAACAAUUGCAUCCUUUGAGAAGGAAAAAAGGAAAAGGUGAAGACGCACAUGCUCCCAUGGAAAGAACAAGAUAUGCAUAUGAAAAGUAUCGCGAAGUUAGAAGUCAAAUUACAUCUGGUCGAACCUUUACAGUAAACUUUGACGAAGGAAAGAACAAAGAAGGCUUCAUGGGAGUACUUGCUGCCAUUCAAGACGGAAAUAAGAAAGGAUACAAUCUCAGACUAACCGUAACAGAUUUAGAUGGUCAUAUAUACUAUGCACAUGGCAAUGUCACAACAGCUGCAAUGCUUCUUGACGCUUUCAAGACUACAAAGAGAGAACAAAUGGUUGACUCCGACUCAGACAUUUUGAAUGCAAUUGAAGGAAUUGCAAGUGUCAAGUUCGAAUGGUACCAACCUAACCCUCAAGCAGUCAGACAACAUGCUGGAUACUUCCCGUUCAUAAAUAAGUCUGACAUUGACUUGACAAGGUAUGGAAUUUACAAUUCAAUUGAAACAAUUGUCAAUGAACCUUGCAUUCUUACAUGUCUCAGGAACUCUGGUCUUGUUACAGAUGAGAAGAUGAAGUAUCUUGAGUCAU